CAUCUGGUUCUACUUCUUUCAGGGCUGUGCUCUCUGUCUCCAUGUGUCUCCCAUUAUCAGUACUUCUUAGCGAAAACUCCAAAAACCUGGUAUGAGGCGCGAAGCUACUGCAGAGAGAACUGUUGGGACCUGACCACCAUAGAUGACUUGGGAGAGAUGGAGACAGUUCUCACAGCUGUCAAGGGCAAAUACAGUGAUUCUGUAUGGAUAGGGCUUCGGAAGGGGACCACUCUCACCUGGCACUGGUCUCUGGCGGACAAACAUUUCUACAAGGAGGGAGAAAGAAAUUAUUUAGUUUGGGGUCAAGAAACUUCUAACAACUGCGGUUAUUACAAAAACGGGAAACUGUUUUCAGUUUCCUGUACUGAAUGGGUAUUUUCAAUUUGCUUUGAUGGAACUAAACUUGGUAGAGAACAGUAUGUUCUCAAUACAGAUAUGAUGAAGUGGACUGAGGCUCAAAAUUACUGCAGGACACAUCACACAGACCUGGCCAGUGUGAGGAAUGCGGUGGAAAGUCAGAUCAUUCAGGAAGUAGCCGGUGACUCGCGGGUGUGGGUUGGCCUCUUCAGAGACCCGUGGACAUGGUCGGACCAGACUUACUCUUCACUGAGAUACUGGGAAGCAAGCAAAGAAAUUUAUACGGAACUUUCUGGAACUACAUGUGUUGCUUUGCUUGAAAAGGAGUCUGGUAGAUGGGGGGAACGACCAUGUGAUGAAAAGCAUCAGUUCCUCUGUAACUGUCCCACUGUGAAGUUCUUCAAAGUGAGGAUCAGCUCACAGGACUCAUCGCUGGAGCUAAAUAAAGUACAAGACGACAUCUUAAAUCGAAUCAACGAGAAGCUGAGGAGCGCAGGUGUGACUGGUGUCACAUUAAGAUGGAAAAAAUAUCCUGAUGAAAGAGUUUUUAUCAAGGAGCCUCACCAAGGCGCUUGAAGAAAGAAGAAUCAGAGGCAGAUCUACUGGGACUCAUAGCAAAGUCAAACAUGAAACAAAACAGUCAGCCAGAGAUUUCCAUAGUACAAGGCAUCACUAAUCUGCUUUCAUGUUAGCCCUCACCUGUGACACUGACAAUGACUGCGUGUUAUAUAAAAGCUACUGUGACCCCUUUCUUGCUUUAUAGUAUUUGUUGUUGUUGCUUGUC